UCCCGGCUCCAUUCCGCUGGGAGUCGCAUCCUACCUGGUCGGGAGGUGUAUCGCCUUCCCACACUUUCCCUUCUGGUGCUCCUUCCCCGGGCGGCAGCUUAGGUGGGAGGAAAAGUCCUGGCGUGAAGAAUUCAGCGGAAAAGAAAAAGCGAUUCUGAUGGGUUCUUGGAAAGCUUGUCUCUUCUCCCCUUUUCUUCUGUGGAGUCAAAGUAGAGGCGUGAGGCUGAUGUUCUUGUUGCUGACCCUGCAUUUGGGAAGCUGUGUUGAUAAAGCAGAUGAUGAAGAUGAUGAGGAUUUAACAGUGAACAAAACCUGGGUCUUGGCACCAAAGAUUCAUGAAGGGGAUAUAACACAAAUUCUCAAUUCAUUGCUGCAAGGCUAUGACAAUAAACUUCGCCCAGAUAUAGGAGUGAGGCCCACAGUAAUUGAAACUGAUAUUUAUGUAAACAGCAUUGGACCAGUUGAUCCCAUAAAUAUGGAAUACACAAUUGAUAUUAUUUUUGCCCAAACCUGGUUUGAUAGUCGUUUAAAAUUCAAUAGUACCAUGAAAGUGCUUGUACUUAACAGUAAUAUGGUUGGAAAAAUUUGGAUUCCUGAUACUUUCUUCAGAAAUUCAAGAAAAUCUGAUGCUCAUUGGAUAACGACUCCUAAUCGUCUGCUUCGAAUUUGGAAUGACGGACGAGUCCUAUAUACUUUAAGAUUGACAAUUAAUGCAGAAUGUUAUCUUCAGCUUCAUAAUUUUCCUAUGGAUGAACAUUCCUGUCCACUAGAAUUUUCAAGCUAUGGAUACCCUAAAAAUGAAAUUGAAUAUAAGUGGAAAAAACCUUCUGUAGAAGUGGCUGAUCCUAAAUAUUGGAGAUUAUAUCAGUUUGCAUUUGUAGGGUUGCGGAACUCAACCGAAAUUUAUCACACAAUCUCUGGGGAUUAUGUUAUCAUGACAAUUUUUUUUGACCUGAGCAGACGAAUGGGAUAUUUCACUAUUCAGACCUACAUCCCAUGUAUUCUGACAGUUGUUCUUUCUUGGGUGUCUUUUUGGAUCAAUAAAGAUGCAGUGCCGGCAAGAACCUCACUGGGCAUUACCACAGUUUUGACCAUGACCACUCUGAGUACCAUAGCCAGGAAGUCCUUGCCUAAGGUUUCCUACGUGACUGCGAUGGAUCUCUUUGUUUCUGUGUGUUUCAUUUUCGUUUUUGCAGCCUUGAUGGAAUAUGGCACCUUGCAUUAUUUUACCAGCAACGAACGAGCAAAGGCUGCUAGAGACAGAAAGAUAAAACACAAGGCCUCGAUAUCUCCUGGACUCCACCUUGGAUCCACUCUGAUUCCAAUGAAUAGCAUUUCACUGCCACAAGGAGAAGCCGAUCACGGGUACCAGUGUCUGGAGGGCAAAGACUGUGCCAGCUUCUUCUGCUGCUUUGAGGACUGCAGGACAGGGUCCUGGAGGAAGGGAAGGAUCCACAUCCGCAUUGCCAAAAUCGACUCUUAUUCGCGAAUAUUUUUCCCAACAGCCUUUGCGCUGUUCAAUCUGGUUUAUUGGGUUGCCUAUCUUUACUUAUAAGUUCUACUUGCUAAGAAAAAGCAUAAGAAAUUUGACUAAAUCCAAUAUAAUCUAUUGUACUUCAGCAACAUGAAGUUUAAAUGUAAAAUUCAGAGAAACCAAUGACCAAAAUGUGAAUAUUAUUGUAAUCAUUUUAAGACUUUCAUAGGUCAGUAAAGUAGCAAUUUGCAUAUUAGGUUACUUAAAUUUAGGUAACACAGAUUACUUGUAAAAUGCAAUCUAUUAAAAUACUCAUAUAUUUUUACUUAAAUUUUAUUUAUUUUACUUAAAUCACAUUAGGAUUUUGGACU